AUGGUGGGUUCUAGAGUUUUGCAAGGAGAAUCAUUGGAAGCAUUCAAUGAAGGGGUUGGUUAUAUUUUGAAUCGUUGGCCGCCUCUUCGAAGCGCUGUUGAUUACCAACAAGGUGGCGAAAACUCUCACCUCAAAGCUGAAAAACUCAUUGGUGACGUCCGUUCUUGGUUCACUCAAUCCAAUGAGCCACUUCAUAUUGAUGACUUGAAAAAUCUAAUCUAUGAAGGCAUGGUUGCUGCUUUCGAUCUAAAGAUUUGUGAUGAAAGCGAUGGAGAUAUUGCUGUAGAAUUGAUGGUUAUUCAUGAAGAUUGCUUAAAUGGCGAUUUCAGAAAUAUUGAGCAUCUCAGGAAAGCAAGUAGAUUUGAUGACUUUUCUGUACAUAUUGUUGAUUAUGGUCCUGAAGACAUUGUCGAUUAUGAAAGCACUGAUGAGGAUGAUAGUUCUGCAAAAAUGGAUGAAUUUUCUAACUCGGAUUCGGAGUCCAACCGAGAUUCUGGGAACAACUCCGGUUAA